AUGGAGUGGUGUGGUGUAAACGCAGACACGCUACUUGUCAGCUUCGACGGCCCUGACGAUCAGCAAAAUCCACAAAACUGGCCAGCCAGCAAGAAAGCCAUCGUCACAGCCUUCCUGUCAGCCAUUGGCUUCGUCGUCGGCUUUGGCUCCUCAAUCGACACCCCCGUGAUACCGCAGGCUUCUGAGCACUUCCAUGUCAGCGAUGUCUCCGAAUCACUCGCGACGGCACUCUUCCUCAUUGGCUUCGGCGUUGGGGCGCCGUUUGCUGGGCCAUUGUCAGAAUCGUUUGGCAGGAAUCCAAUCUACAUGAUCACGAUGGCUCUAUUCUGCUGCUGGAUCUUGGGAGCUGCUUUAGCGCCGAACCUUGGAGGUCAGUUGGUGUUCAGGUUCCUCGCGGGUCUCUUUGGUGGCACUCCCUUCACGACCAGCGGGGGUACGAUGGGAGAUAUCUUCAACCAUCAGACUCGAGGAAAAGUCUUUCCGUUCUUUGCCUGCAUGGCCUUCCUCGGGCCCAUGUUGGGUCCUGUGGUCGGGGGAUACGUUGGACACUCAGGCAUCGAUUGGCGGUGGUGCGAGUGGAUCACGUUGUGCAUGGCGGGCGCGCUCCUCAUCCUGAUGGUCCUCUUCAUGCCCGAGACCUGUGCCCCAGUCAUUCUGGCUUGGAAGGCCAAGGCUUUGCGAUCGGCAACUGGGAAUGUCAAUUUUGUUGGACCUCUUGAAGCUGCAGGAGCGACUUCUCUCGGGCAGAAGUUGGCUCAGGCUCUGUCAAGGCCUUUUCUUAUUCUCUUCACGGAGCCUCUGGUCAUUGCGUUCACUGGCUACCUUUCGCUGGUCUACAUAGUCAUGUUUUCUUUCUUCGCAUCGGCGCCGUUCGUCUUCGGAGGAACAUAUGGCUUCAACGAAGGUGCUUCGUACCUGAUGUUCAUUGCCAUCGCUGUUGGGCUCUUCAUUGCCACACUCGCAACACCUCUCUUCGGCAUUCUGGUGAAGAAGGAGUACAUGAAGGCCGUCGCGCAAGGCAAAAGCCAUGCCGACCCCGAAGCAAUGCUCUGGUGGGCAAUGAUCGGAGCACCGUUCUUGCCAGCAAGCCUGUUCUGGAUGGGCUGGUCGGCUUAUCCAUCAGUGUCUUUCUGGAGUCCAAUGAUUGCCGCCGCCGUCUUAGGCUUUAGCGUCCUCCUCAUCUUCAUCUCAACCUACGCGUACCUCAUUCAGACCUUCGUUUCAUUCGCGGCAUCGGCUCUCGUCUCCAUUACUUUGGUGCGAUAUAUUCUCGGUGGAUGCAUGGUCACGAUCUCGAUUCCGAUGUACAAAAACUUGGGAGUGCAUCACAGCCUUACGAUCUUGGCGGCAAUUGCUUGUGCUUUCACGCCGAUACCGUAUGUGCUCUAUCUAUACGGUGGUAGAGUUAGAGCCGCGAGUAAGCGGGCGCCUCAGCCGAAAGUAUAG